AUGAGUAACCAACUAUACAAGUAUUUUAGAUCAUGCGAAGUCAAUUAGAAUAUAGUAUUUUUUGCUUAGCUUGACCCGUCUACUUAAAUCCAUCUGGAAUAGUAACUUCCCAAAAUUUAGAUUUUUGAAGACGUUGACCAAAGAACUGACUAAAUGUCCAGAGUCAUUUAAUAUGAAAAUUAACGAAUGGAUAGAUUACAAAUUAAAAACAACAGUUCAUUCGAAGGUUAACCAAGAAGUGGAAGCGAUGGGGAUAAUUCAAGAGAUGGAAGCUAAAAUGAUCAGAGAAAUCAGAAUAAAAGAAAAUGUACGAAAAAACACUAAAAUAAGUUAAAUGAAUAAUUACAAUCUGAAAUUAUAGCCUAAACAAAUUGCAUUUACUCAAAUAAAAUAUAAAAUCUCGUUAAGAAAGAUGCUAAUAAUUAAUUGAUUGUAACUAAAAAAAUAAGAUAAUCAAGAAGUUAGCAGAAAAUGGAAAGGAAAAAUGAAUAACAACUAAAUGUACCUGUUGAACAUAGUGAUCAAUCAUCUUCUGAAAUUCCAGAUUCAAUUAAUUAUGGCAAUUUAGACCCAAACAGACUCAAGUAGGUGAGGAAUAGAGAAUCUGCAAGAAAUUCAAGGGCUCGCAAGAAGAUUUAUUAUGAACUCUUAGAGAUUAGAGUUAAAGAUUUGCAGGAUGAAAAUGAUAAAUUGAGAUAACAAUGUAACAGUUUAUAAAAAUCAAUUGAAACUUAUAAUAGACAACAGGAUAAAUUCUAAGCAUUUUUAAAUUAGCAGUAGAAAUUAUUUGAAAGAUUAGAAGAAUGUAUGACACAAGGGAAGGAUGAUACUGAAAUUGAAAUUCUAUUGGAUGCAUUGAAAUACAGAACAUCUUCCAAUAAACAAGAGAGAAUAGAUGCAGCAAAAGCACAUUCAUAUUCAAUUUUGGAUGUUUCGUUGCCAUUGCAAGCAAAAUAUUUGUUCAGUAUUCUAGACGAUCGAGAUUUCUUCUCUUAAAAUUAGAAAAAUGUCUCGGAAUUUCUAAGAGAUAUUUUGAGAAAUAUCGAGAUGAAACCUGAGAACUAUAUUAAUAAUGAGAGAAUUAAAUUAAAGAUAGGGUUAUCAAAAUAAAACAUAACAGAUUCAUUUAAAAAAAUCAAAGAAGAAAUUAAAGCUAUUUAAAAUGAAGCUUCAAAAAUAGACUUAUUGUGGGAGCAAUUAAAGGAGAACAUAAAGCCAAAUUUAUUGGCUUAAUUAUUAAUAUCCUUGCAUCAAAAUGAGUUUCGAUCUGAAUUUCAGGCUUCAGCAAUUUUCAAAAAGAACAAGGAUAAAAUAGAUCAAAAUUGUAUGCAAAUUGAGGUGUAGUAAGUGUUAUUGAGAAAAUAAUUAAAAAAAUCGAAUUGA